AUGAAUAGCUUCAACUUGGAGUAUGAUGAUGAACAUCGUGGCUCAUCGCAACCCUCCAACUCUUCAUACCCGACCUUCCCCAAUGUAAACUAUGCAUUCAGUGCUAUACUACCCCAGAAUACGGAUCCACCCCUCCAGAACUUUGCACGAUCACAACCUUCGGACCUCCAAGGGCUGAGGUCUAAUGUCAUGCUCACAUACGAUGGGAUUCCGACCUCAACUAUCUCAAUACCCAUGAACAUGAACGCCCCCAACGCCUAUACCUAUGAUAUUCCAUCCACCUACCCGGCCACCACCAUGGGAAUGCCUUUACAGAUGGACCAUUCACAGUUUCAGCCUACAUACCCGUCCUUCCCGCCCUCCAUGACGAUACUCCAUUAUUCUCAGCAGCCGGCUCAUCCAGCCCGUAAUGAACCAUAUGAUACAACCACCGACUCUACAGUCAAUUUCGAGGAUUCCGACUUUUCAGGUCGCACGAGCGACUGGUCACAGGCGCAAACGCAGGUGCAGGUGCAGCGGGCUCAGCGACAACCUCCAGAGCGCCGCCUACCUCCUGGCCAGCCAUACCGUGCAUCCCAACCGGUGGCUAUCCAGCCCAAGAAGCCCGUUGCUGCCAAAGAGGAGUUCUUGUCGGGACUGGAAAAGCCCGAGAUUGGCAAGACUGAACAUACCGGCAUCUAUUCAACAACUGGCUUUGACGUGCUGGGAGCGUUGAGCCGUGUGGCUAUGCGGCCCAAGCCCAAAAUCAACAUUGGCGCCGUCGAUCUUUCAUGCGCCUUUGUGAUGUGUGACAUCUUGAUUGAGGAUCAUCCAAUCGUCUAUGUAUCAGAGGCCUUUGAACGAUUGACCGGCUAUACUAGAGAUGAAAUCGUUGGCCGGAAUUGUCGAUUUCUUCAAACGCCUGACGGUAAGAUCAAGGCUGGCGCUAAGCGGUCAUUCGUUGAUGGACAAACUGUAUAUCGGCUACGGUCAACCAUCGACCAUCGCAGUGAGAUCCAGGCUAGUAUAAUCAACUACCGCAAGGGUGGACAACCCUUCAUGAACCUCAUCACGAUGAUCCCCAUCCAGUGGGACUCAGAUGUAUACCGGUACUACGUAGGAUUCCAGAUUGACCUGGUUGAAAAACCAGACGCCGUGAGGGGAAGAAAUCCCGAUGGCAAUUAUAGCAUUAACUAUCAGCGCGAUCAGCUGCCACAGUAUAUGGUUCCACCAACAGAUAUUCACUCCACACGACCAGACCUCGGGGUACGAUAUGGCCAUGACGAAGUGACUACCAUUCUCAACGCCAUUAGGGCAACUGGAAAUGAUGUCAACCGUCACUACCUGGAUCGCAUUCUGGUUGAGAAUACCGACGAUGUGAUCCAUGUGCUUUCAUUCAACGGUGACUUCUUAUAUCUGUCGCCCUCUUGCCACAAAAUCCUAGAGUACGAUCCGGUCGAGCUGAUUGGCAAGACUCUAUCCGCCAUAUGCCAUCCCAGUGAUAUUGGUCCGGUAAUCCGUGAAUUGCGGGCGAGCACGACAACUGCCCCGGUGAGUGUUGUGUAUCGUAUCCGACAAAAGCACAGAGGAUAUAUGUGGUUUGAGAGUCAUGGCGCGUGGCACAUCGACCCGAAUCAGGGCCGGAGGCAUCUUGUCAUGACCGGCCGCCCACGACCUGUCUACGCCUUGGAUCAGAUUGCCCGCCUGGGCUCAUCCGCCGCGCUGGCCGAGAAUGAUGUUUGGGCCAAGAUUUCUUUGUCUGGUGUCAUACUGUUCGUGACGACAAAGGUGAAGCCGAUGCUCGGCCGCUCGCCUGACGAACUAAUUGGUCAAGGCCUACAGGAACUUAUGGAGCCCGAGAUUGGUGGCACUGCCACCAUCACGCAGGCCCUGGAGGCAGCCUGUGGUGGACAAGGAGCUGGCAUGACCACCGUUACAGGCAGGGGCGAAGAGACAAAUGAACUGCCCUCAUUCAAACACCAAAUGUGGCAUAAGAAAGGCCAUGCUAUUUCAGCACAUACCACAUUGUAUGCCGGCGACGCACGGGAGGGAAUCAAACCGACCUUCCUCGUCGCCCAGAUCAGAUUUGCUCGACCCUUCCCUCCAUCCGCCACCGCCACCUUAGCCGCCGAAGACAAAGGUCUCGCUACCCUUACCGGCACUUCACGAAACACAACGCUCACUGUCGGCGACCCCGUCCCGCCCCAGCAGUAUGGUGUCCUUGGUCAACGCGUGCCCGAUCUAUCGAAACUCGUCGGCCUAAACGGUCUGCCCAGUGGCAACCACGGCAUUUCACCUUCUGCCGACCCAGCAACCUUCUUCACGGAGCUCAAUCCCACCCGCGGAUCGAGCUGGCAGAUCGAGCUGCGCGAGCUAGAGAAGCAGAACCGCGCUCUAGCCGAUGAACUGCAACGCCUGCUGGCUCGCCGCAGGAAGCGCAAGCGCAAGCAAGGUUCCAUGGCGGUCGAGAAGUUUUGCGCUAUGUGCAACACCAAGAACACCCCCGAGUGGCGGCGUGGUCCGAGUGGGAACCGGGAUCUUUGUAAUAGCUGUGGUCUGCGAUGGGCAAAGCAAAUCCGUGGCCAGGCGCAGGCGCGGGCUGCGGCUUCUUCGUCUAUAACAGUAGACUGA